GAUCCUCGAGAGGAAGGGAUUAACCCUUCUUGACGAGACCAGUGAGUUAACCCUGCCCGGUUAACCAUUGUUUCAUCAAUAGUAUUACAUAUAAUUUUGGGAUUGUGAGAGAACGUAAGAAGGUUCUCCCGCCAUGCUGAUUCAGUUCGUCAACGAUAUAGAAGAAAAGAGAUCAACCGUGUAACAAUCAGUAGCCGUUGGAUCAAAUCAGACCGUUGGAUCGAUAGAAUUUCACGCAAUAUCAUAACGACAAUAUCUAUUUCCCUAAAACAGAUCGAUCACGUUUCAAUCCAGAAUUAGGGUUAUUUGUUUAUCCAGAGUGCGAAUUUCAGAUCAUUAGUCUGAUUACGUUAGGGUUUUCCCGAUUUUUGGCGCCAAAAAGGUGAUAUUAUACCUCAUUAUUGAUGUGGAUUGAGGUUUGAUGGCAUUAUGCAGAUUCAUUGGAUUAGUUUGAUGAUUGAUUUAGUCUGAAUGAUUUGAUUAGCCAGUGUUUUUUUCACACAAAAAGUGUCGAGUAGGAACCCUAGAUCUGAGUUUUCGCUGAAAAUUUUCGAAUGGUGGUAUGAACUAUGAAGCGAAAACAUCGGUAUGGAAAGUAGAAUUGGUGAACUUAGGGAAGUAUGUUGUUAUCCUUGCUGAGUAAGCGAACUUUACGCGCUGAUUUCAGGGAUGCGUAUGGAUUUACUGUGAGGCCUCAGUACCUUGAGACAUUCAAGGAGUUUGAUAGAAUCUAUAAGAAUGAGGAAAAAGAGAGAUCAACAAAAUGGAGGAUCUUUCUUCAGCAGCAUUCAGAACUUGGUCAAACAGACUCAUCUAUCGAGGAAGACGUAUCUAAAGCUGAUGCUGAUGUAACCGAACAUGAAACCAAACGUGUACUGGAAUCAAUUGAAGAGGAAAAUGUUGAUGUUACAAGUGACGAGAAACCGACAAACGAUAAUCAAACAGAAAAUGCUCCUGAAAAAGCGGUCUCAGAAGCAACAAAAAUCAAGAAGCCCGUGGUGCAGAAUUGGGCGGAAGUCCGAUCGUCUCUUAACACCAUUGAGAAUAUGAUGUGUCAUCGUGUUAAAAAUGAGCCAAAAAGCAAUCCUGAAAAACAUCUUCAAACUAUUCAUGAGGUAGGGCCCACCAGUGAGGACUUUAACGAGGAGUUAAAUGAUAAUGGUCAACCAAACUCUUCAGGAGGAUCGAGUGCUGAAGUCAACCCUGAGUCUUUGUUUCCUUGGAAAGAACUUGAGUCGCUUGUUCGUGGGGGUGUGCCAAGAAACCUUAGAGGCGAGGCAUGGCAAGCCUUUGUCGGGGUGAAAGAACGACGCAUAGAGAGUUACUACCAGAAUUUGUUGGACGUAAGCGAUGAUGUACCGGAUUUGACCGAAUCAAAUUCACACAAUGGAAGCUCAGGGGAAAAAAUAGAAAGAGCUCAUGUACCAGAAAAAUGUAAAAAGCAGAUUGAAAAGGAUUUACCACGAACGUUUCCUGGUCAUCCUGCGUUAAAUGAGGAAGGUAGGAACUCGUUAAGGCGGUUGCUUUUAGCUUAUGCUCGGCACAACCCUGAUGUUGGCUAUUGUCAGGCAAUGAAUUUUUUUGCUGCAAUGUUGCUGCUAAUGAUGCCUGAAGAAAAUGCCUUUUGGACUUUGGUGGGUAUGAUUGAUGGUUACUUUGAUGGAUACUUUACAACCGACAUGAUAGAAGCCCAGGUGGACCAACUUGUUUUUGAAGAUUUAAUGCGUGAACGAUAUCCUAAUCUAGUUGAUCAUUUUGAUCGUAUGGGAGUGGAGAUGGGAUGGAUAUGUGGACCGUGGUUUCUUUCGAUCUUUGUAAAUAUGAUUCCAUGGGAAAGUGUUCUUCGUGUUUGGGAUGUGAUUUUAUUUGAAGGAAACCGUGCAAUGUUAUUGCGAACUGCAUUGGCUUUAAUGGAGCUAUAUGGUCCCGAUGUAGGUUCAACUAUGGAUGCUGGAGACGCUAUUACUUUAUUACAAUCACUUGUUGGUUCGACUUUCGAUAGCAGCAAUCUAAUUGUGACUGCAUGCAUAAGUUUCUCUUACGUAACAGAAGACACAUUACAAACACUUAGGCAAAAACAUAGACCCGAUGUUAUAGCAGCAGUUCAAGAAAGAACUAAAGGGGAAAAUUUAAGGAAAAGUUCCAAAGGGCUGGCUACUAAACUUUACAGUUUUAAGAAAGAACGCGAGCCAAUUGUGCGCGAACUUAGUAUAAAACAAGGGUUAAACGAGAAGGGUGUAGAUAAAGAUAGUUUGGAUUUGAUGUCUCCUCUUAAACGGGAUAUGUCGUUUAAUAUGGAACCUAUCGCUACAGAAAUGGACUCUCUUUCAGAUCUUCAAGAUCAGGCUAUCUGGUUGAAGGCUCAGUUGUGCUCAAUGCUGGAAGACAAGAGAUCUGCUACAGUUAGAGCUGAGGAGUUGGAGACAGCACUUAUGGAAAUGGCCCAGCAAGAUAAUAGUCGGGAAUUGAGUGCAAGGAUUGAGGAUAUGGAACGUGAGAUGUCUGAACUGGAACAACUUCUUGCCGAUAAGAAAGAACAGGAAAAAGCAAUGCUUGAGGUGCUAAUGCGAGUUGAGCAAGAACAGAGAAUCGCAGAAGAUGCUCGUAGAUCUGCAGAACGAGAUGCAGCAGCUCAGAAGUAUUUAGUGAAAAUACUCGAGGAAAAGUAUGAGCAAGCUAUGAAUUCACUUGCUCAAAUGGAGAAAAGGGCUGUAAUGGCAGAGUCUAUGUUAGAGGCAACAAAACAAUAUGAUUCUGGCCAAGUUAAAGCACAAGCAAUGCCCUCAGGAAACAUCCGCCCUGAAUCUGUGAAAGACAAUAACACAACAAAGAAGACAGGCAUACUUUCAUUUGGACUAGGUUGGCGUGAAAAAAACAAGGGAAAACCAGAGACAUCAGAUGCAAAAUCUGAACCCAAUGGUCACCAAGAGCCAUAAAAUUAGAAAUCUUAAUGAUCAAAGACUUUUCAAGCAUUGUAUAUUCUGUAGUACAAGCCUCAUAUGCAGGUUUCUACAGUAAAAUUUUGGUAAAGGGAGCCAUGAAAAUUGAGAACCAUGAACAAACAGUUUUUUUUUUUAAUUUUUUUUUAUUUUACUA